GCUGCCGCCUGGCUGGUGCUGCAUUCGGAUGGGAUGGUGGCCCCCACCUUCCCGCAGGCCAUGCGGCUGUAGCACCCACUAGCAAGUAGGCGAUGACUUCUCUUUUCCCUCGUCGUCAUCAUCAUCAUCAUCUGCCUGCUCCUGCUCCCCUAUGCUUCUUAUGUGUUUUUGUGCAAGCCGUGCACAGAUCUUGAGCCGCGCUCGCCCUCCUUUUGGCAGCUGGCUGGUGAUGAUGAUGAUGAUGCCAGGGAGAUGGGCUUGUUGAAUGCCUUCGCCAGAGCUAUUGGGAGCGCAGCGACCAGGCGGGCUGCCAAAGCUUGACUGAGUGACUGGCUGGCUGGCUGGCUAGAUUCCCUGGCAGCCACCCCGGAUCUGCAACUGGCUGGACCAUCCAUUCACGUAUGCGCCCGCAGCCCAGUGAGUAAUGCUGCAGUGGUCAACUCAACACCCUGGAAGCAUCUGCAAAAAGGAGCAGGGAACCUGGGCGAGCUGCUCUCGGCGAUCCUAUAAAACCAGGGAUCGGACUUUCUCCUUUUCCGAGCUGGCGUCUUUCUCUCGCAUCUUGAUUGUAUCGAAGCUGACUUUGCUCCGGUCCACUAGGACGGCUUCACCUCCCCUCCGCCUUAUUUUCCAGAGCUGAACCCUCUUCUUACCUUCCUUGUUUUCACGUGCACCUCCUUUGCCUGGCAACUCCUAGCCUUCCCGCUUUUACUCCUCCCCACUCCAAGGGCGCAGACUCUGCCUCCCCGCCUCAAAUUAAUUUGUUUGUUUGGCUGCAGCACAGAGGCAGGAGAAAAAAAAAGGUUGGAAAUUCAUUCAGUCCAUUCCUUCUCCUUGUGCAAAGGAAGCGAUGAAAUUUCCAAUUGAGACCCCAAGGAAACAGGUGAACUGGGAUCCUCAAGUGACUCUUCCAGUAGCUGUCCCCCCAGCUGCUCAACCUGAGACCAAUAAGACCAAUACACAUCAAUCAGCACCACGACUUCCCAUUUCUUCGCCUCGGACAUCUGUGAUAGCCACCAUGGAAACCCCCUCGCAGGGUUUGCAGACCGUCAUGAAGUGGAAGACCGUUGUGGCCAUCUUUUUUGUGGUUGUGAUUUACCUGGUCACUGGAGGCCUUGUGUUCCGCGCCCUGGAGCAGCCAGAAGAAAAUAGCCAGAAGAUUAGAAUAGCCAAUGACAAGGCAGAAUUCCUUCAGGAGAACAACUGUGUAUCCCAACAAGAAUUGGAGGCUUUGAUUAAGAGGGUCAUCAAUGCUACCAGUGCUGGAGUCAACCCUGUAGGAGACUCUUCAAACAGCAGCAGCCACUGGGACCUUGGAAGUGCCUUUUUCUUUGCUGGAACUGUCAUCACAACAAUAGGGUAUGGAAACAUUGCCCCAAGCACAGAAGGUGGAAAAAUUUUCUGUAUUUUGUAUGCCAUCUUUGGGAUUCCACUUUUUGGCUUUCUGCUAGCCGGCAUAGGUGACCAGCUUGGGACCAUCUUUGGGAAGGGCAUUGCACGAGUGGAAAAGGUUUUUCGAAAGAAACAAGUGAGUCAGACAAAGAUCCGGGUGAUAUCAACCAUUCUCUUCAUCCUGGCAGGUUGCAUCGUCUUUGUUACUAUUCCAGCAGUCAGCUUCAAAUACAUUGAAGAAUGGUCAGCUUUGGACUCUUUUUACUUUGUAGUAGUUACUCUUACCACUGUUGGCUUUGGGGAUUUUGUGGCAGGAGGAAAUGCUGAAAUCCCCUACCGGGAGUGGUAUAAACCCUUGGUAUGGUUUUGGAUCCUCGUGGGUCUUGCUUACUUUGCUGCUGUUCUCAGUAUGAUUGGAGACUGGCUACGGGUUCUUUCGAAGAAAACUAAAGAAGAGGUUGGGGAAAUAAAAGCCCAUGCAGCUGAGUGGAAAGCCAAUGUGACCGCAGAGUUCAGGGAGACACGGCGGCGAUUGAGCGUGGAGAUCCAUGACAAGCUCCAGAGGGCAGCCACCAUCCGGAGCAUGGAGCGCCGGCGGUUGGGGUUGGACCAGCGAGCUCACUCCUUGGACAUGCUCUCUCCCGAGAAACGUUGUGUCUUUGCUGCCUUGGACAGCGGCCACUUUAAGGCAUCAUCUCAGGAAAGCAUUAACAACAAGCCCAACAAUCUGCGCCUGAAAGGGUCGGAGCAGUUGAGCAAGCACGGGCAAGGGUCCUCCGAGGACAACAUCAUCAACAAAUUUGGCUCUUCUUCCAAGCUGACCAAGAGGAAAAACAAAGACCUGAAAAAGAGCAUCCCGGAGGAUGUGCGAAAAAUAUACGAGACAUUCCGGAACUACUCCUUGGAUGAAGAGAAGAAAGAGGAGGACUCUGAGAAAGGGUGUCAUUCUGAGCACUCGAGCACUGCAGUUCUCACUGACUGUAUUGAGCAACAUAUGGAGAAUGGAAUGAUCCCCCAUGAAACCAAAGAAAGGGAACAUGAAAACAAAGCAUUACUUGAAGACAGGAAUUAAAUGUAAACAUCCUCUUUGACUCUGUAAAGAACCAAUAUUAAGUCUUUUAUACACAUGUACACGAUACAUAGAUAGCUAGGAAAAUAUAUGUAUCAAGACGCGUGCCUUAUACAGACUCCUAAUUCAGUCUGAAUUACAUAACAUCCUAGAAUAUUUCACUGUGCCAUAAUGACCGAAGCUUGCUCUGCCAAAAGAAAACAUAAACCAGAAUCUGGAGAAUGGUACCUAAAGGUGGAACAUUUGACAGAUUUCGCCUCCAUAUUCUUACCACGGGAAAGCUCAGGCGUGCCAUGGUAAUAACAGCUGGAAAGAUGAACAAAAUGGCAGAGACGUGCAAGGAGAAAGAAGACAUUUUAGAAGAUCAUUCAAAGGGAUGAGGAAAAGAUCUUUAUGUGUCUUCAUUUCCUUCCUCCCUUGUUGGUUUCUUUUUUUAUAAAAGCAGAAAAAUAUGGGGUGAUCUGUCACUAAGGCAUGUUUUGCCAUAGGCUUGAAACAUGAUGUUCCCCCUACUCGUUUUUUUUUUAAAUUCAAAACAAAGAAACAGUUGAAUUAGCUUUUAGUAAUCCAAAAGAAUCAUAAUAAAAAUGUCCACACACAAGGAAGUCAGCUGGAUGCUUCUGAAACACUGGUGAAAAAUAGAACAGGAUGCUUCUUCCAGGGAGACGAAGUGAAAACCCACGGAAUCAACAUAUUUAUUGCAACAAAUGGAAAAUUUAAGAAGGAAAAAUGCAAAGCAACAACCACUCCUCAGGCUGGGAAAAAAAUCACACAAUAAACUUAUAAUACCCAGGGGGUGGGAGCUGAAAAACUUUCAAAAUUGCAUUGUUUAAGAGUGAAAAAAAAUCCUAACCUUGUGAUUGGUUCACUAAGCAGUGAACCACUUGGUUUUUAAAAUUUUUGCGUUCACACUUUGUAUCACUGAAAGAGCUUCAGUUUUAAUGCUGGCAUACUAUAAAAACAAAAAAGGAGAAACUUUUGCAUGAUAAUCAUUUGGUAUUCUCUGUAGAAGUAUCUGAAUUUGUUUUAUAACAAGGUAGAAAUGAGUUGGUAUAAAACAGAAGGUAAAGGGGCAGGGCAACCGUCAAAUCUCAGGGCUCUUGUGUUCCUUGUGGUGAUGAGGAUUAAGAAAGGCAGACACUUCCC